AGAUAUCUGGGUAAAACAUGGAGUAUGAUUACUUAAUCAAGUUCUUAGCACUGGGUAAUUCUGGAGCCGGGAAGUCAAGUAUUCUUCAUAGAUAUACAGAGAACCAGUUUAACCCCAGUUUCUUCAGUACUGUGGGAAUAGAUUUCAAGGAAAAACAAAUAUCUUGGAGGAGAAGUUUCGAGGAUAAUAGUGGCAGAAGUCAACGAAUCCUUCUUCAACUAUGGGACACAGCAGGUCAAGAAAGGUUUCGCAGCCUCACUACAGCUUUCUACAGAGAUGCUAUGGGGUUUCUUUUAGUUUUUGAUGUAACAACAGAGCAAUCUUUAUUGUCAAUCAGAGAUUGGGUUGAGCAGCUCUCCAUUCACUCUUAUACUUCAACACCUGACAUUGUUCUUUGUGGAAACAAGGUUGACCUGGAUGACUUAAGAGUAGUAACUAGAGAAAAGGCGUUGGAACUAGCUGCUGAACUUGGAGUUGAGUAUAUAGAAACAUCAGCUGCAACCGGAGAGGGGGUUGGCAAAGCUGUACAUAAAUUACUAGACCUUGUUAUGUACAGGAUAGAGACUAAGUGUCAGGAAGAAGUUGUAAAGAUGAAGAGAGGAGACAAGGACAGGAAACCCUGCAUAUGCAGCUGAAAGAACAAACUAUUUUCAAACCAAAAAAAAUUCUUAUUUCAUUUACGACAAUUUUGGUAUUUAAUUUUUCUCCCACUUUCUCUCUUAAAGUAUUUACGUACUAUAAAUGUUUAAUCUUUCAAAACUUUAUUAAGUUGUAUGAGUUUGUUUAUAAAUUAAUUUUGAACAGUUAAAUAUCUCUUGGAAAUGGAAAUGAUCAAAUAAUGCUAGUAAACAUCUCAAUAUUAAAGAAAGGGUUUGCAAAAAACCAAAGGGGGUAUAGGCUUUUGGUGAAAAAUAAUCGCUUUUCAUCACUACUUAUCUUACUUCUAUCUCUUGCGUCUAUAAGAAGAAAAACGACUUAUACUGAAGAACGCUACAAAUUCAGAAAGUUGCAAAUUACAGAAAGUUAUCAAG